CCUCCACUGCUGCUGCUGCAGCUUUCCCACCGACUCCUCCCUCUCCUCCUCCUCUCCAUUAAUGGCCGCCACCAAGAACCCUCCUCCCACCCCCACGUGACCCUCCCCUCCUCCCCUUCCCACUCCUCCCCUUCCGCUCGCAGCCGGCCGUCUCCCUCCCUUCCGCCCCAACUCAACUUCUUUAAAUCUUACUACGUUGCUUGCUCUUCCCGUUGGUCCGACCGAUGCUGAGCUCGUCGCCCUCUGCGGCGGCGGGGAUGAUGGGAGGAGGAGGAGGAGGAGGGUACCAGCACCACCACCAGCGCGGUGCGGCGGUCUUCACGGCGGCGCAGUGGGCGGAGCUGGAGCAGCAGGCGCUCAUUUACAAGUAUCUUAUGGCGGGGGUCCCCGUCCCGGGCGAUCUCCUCCUCCCAAUCCGUCCCCACUCCGCCGCCGCCGCCACCUACUCCUUCGCCAACCCCGCCGCCGCUCCCUUCUACCACCACCACCACCCCUCCCUGAGUUACUACGCCUACUACGGCAAGAAGCUGGACCCGGAGCCAUGGCGGUGCCGGCGCACCGACGGCAAGAAGUGGCGGUGCUCCAAGGAGGCGCACCCCGACUCCAAGUACUGCGAGCGCCACAUGCACCGUGGCCGCAACCGUUCAAGAAAGCCUGUGGAAUCCAAGACCGCUGCCCCUGCGCCCCAGUCGCAGCCCCAGCAGUCCAACGUCGCCGCGACCGCGACGCACGACGCCGAUGCGCCUCUCCCGUCGCUCGCCGUGGGUGCCAAGACCCACGGUCUGUCUCUCGGCGGCGCCGGCUCCUCGCAGUUUCAUGUCGACGCGUCGUCAUACGGCAGCAAGUACUCUCUUGGAGCUAAAGCUGAUGUGGGUGAGCUGAGCUUCUUCUCAGGAGCAUCAGGAAACACCAGGGGCUUCACCAUCGAUUCUCCAACAGAUAACCCGUGGCACUCACUGCCUUCCAGUGUACCCCCAUAUCCGAUGUCAAAGCCAAGAGACUCUGGUCUCCUACCAGGUGCCUACUCCUACUCCCACCUUGAACCUUCACAGGAACUUGGCCAGGUCACAAUCGCCUCGCUGUCCCAAGAGCAGGAGCGCCGCUCUUUUGGCGGCGGAGCUGGGGGGCUGCUAGGAAAUGCGAAGCAUGAGAACCAGCCACUGAGGCCUUUCUUUGAUGAGUGGCCAGGGAGGCGAGACUCGUGGUCGGAGAUGGAUGAAGAGAGGUCCAACCAGACCUCCUUCUCGACAACUCAGCUCUCGAUCUCCAUCCCGAUGCCCCGAUGUGAUUGAGAAAGUUUGCCUCCUCCGUGGCAGCACUGGACCUCUACCCUGCAUUUUGCCGCUCCACAUUUUACCGCUGCUAGUGAUUCGGAGUUGGUGAUUGCACCCCCUGGUUCUUUAUGUCCAUUGUAUCGUAUAAUGAACUAGUUAAGAGAACCUUACCCUUUUUUUCUAGUAGAACAGAGAGAACUCUAUCCAUCUUGUUUUGUACCCGCUAUCAUUUCCACCAUGCUUUGUACCUGCUAUUGGAAGUUGCUGCCUGUCUGUGUUUCAACUUUCCAGAAGAUGAUCGAUCAUGUAGGAGUGAGUAUCCAUCUAUUUGUCAUUCCAAAUUGCAGAAAUCUGAUAGCAAAUCCGAUACCUGCCAUGUGAGAAGCGGCGCGUCCGAUGUAUUUUGCUUUUGAGAACAAAAGAAAUUCUCAUCUCAUAAUUCAACUUUGUGGAAU